GCGACAUUUCCUGCCCUCGGGGGCUGGGGUGAGAGAGAUGAGUUGCUGAGUGUGCACAUCUUUUGAGAGCACAUACACACACCCUGCUCCAGGGGCUCAGUUCCUAGCCUGGCUCCAUGGAGCUCCCCCUGGCCCAGAUCUGUCCCCAAGGAAGUGGCAAAGCCCCUGCCCCUACCUUCAGCACCUUCCAGCCCCUGGAGCUGCCCCGCAGGAGCUGCCAGGACCUGGGCUUGCUCCAGGGGCCCAGGAUCCAGGCCCUGAAGGCUGAGGAGGCCCAGCCCAGCCCCAGGGUCCCAGCUGUCCACACUGCGGUAAGGGGGAACCCGGCUGGCACCACUUCCUCCUUGGCUCCCCUCCUCCCAUCGGCAUCUCCUCAACCCCAAGAGGCUGCCUCUAGCCCAGAGGAUGCCGAGAAGGCUGAUGAGGUGUUUGGGGAAGGAGGCCAGUCCCUGCAGGCCGAGACCCGGGCUUGGUUCCAGAAGACCCAGGCCCACUGGCUCCUGCAGCACGGGGCAGCCCCAGCCUGGUUCCACGGCUUCAUCACCCGGAGGGAGGCUGAGAGGCUGCUGGAGACCAAGCCUGAGGGAUGCUACUUGGUACGGUUCAGUGAGAGCGCUGUGACCUUUGUGCUGACCUACAGGAGCCGGACUCGCUGCCGCCACUUCCUGCUGGCCCAGCUUGGGGAUGGGCGCCACGUGGUGCUAGGCGAGGACAGCGCUCACGUGAGGCUGCAGGACCUGCUGCAACACUACACAGCGUGCCCGCUCAGCCCCUAUGGGGAGAAACUCACCGAGCCCCUGGCCCGCCAGACUCCCGAGCCCGUCGGACUUUCCCUGAGCACUGAAAUGCCGGACUCUGGAAACAAAAGCCAGGACUCACACCCUCAGUAUGGCUUGAUCCUCAAAAAGUUGCAGAACGUAACCCCCACGCAGAAGGAGGGGGCCGGGGAGCCCAAGGAGGCUCCCCAGCAGCCCAGGCCCAAGCCUCCCUUGCCUGCGAAGCCCCAGCUGCCCCCCGAAGUCUACACAAGCCCGGCUCCGAAGCCCCGCCCGGCCCCCCCCCCCAAGCCCUCCCAUCCCAUCUACCAGGAGCCCGACGAGCCCAUCGCCUUCUACGCCAUGGGGCGGGGCAGCCCCGGGGAAGCCCCGUGCAACGUCUAUGCGGAGGUGGAGGUGGAGGUCCCGCCUGGGGCCGGGGGGCCCCCCUGCGUCCUCGGGCACCGGGCCCUGCGGAAAUGCCGGUCCAGGCCUGUCCCGGGAAGCCAGAAUCCAGGAGCCUGGCGACCACAGUCUGAGAACUCUGUGACUGGACAAGGCCCUUCUGUGCCCCACCAGCCUCUGCCCUGCUGGGGGCACACCCUCCCUCACAAUCUUUCUAGACAGAGGACAGAAGACAAAGGACAGGUGUGGCUUCCCUUGGGGCCUCCCCAGUAGCACGGAAAUGUCAGAGAUUUCCUGACAGGAAAUCUGGCUGCUCUCCAGAGUUCCACAGCAUGGAGGCCUGGGUGCUGGUGGAACUCCAGAUCCCAGUUUAGCCCUGUUCCCUGGACAGAUCAGGGCCCCCACAAGGAAGCCUGGAGUUCAGAGGAGCGGAUGCAGACUCAGCUCCCUUUCAGGGACCCAGGCACGGGCUCCCUCCCCAAAGUCCCAGAGAACCGGGUGGGUGGUGGUGGUGGUGGCUCGGUGAUGCGCAGUCCUCCAAGGAAGAGUGCAAGGGUGCCCCUGCUGCCUCCCACUGCCCUAGCUUCUCCUCCUGGAGUCUGAUUUCCUUGGCCCUCUGAGCCUUAGAGUCUGGGCCCUGGUCCAAUGCUGCUGUUGUCUGAGGAAUGGUUUGGCGAGAACAGAUGUUAGAACUUGUUUGUUGAUUCUUGCCUGGCUAAUAAAUCAUCGCCAACAACCUCUUCCCACAGGGA